AUGCAGCAGCGAGCGGUCAAAGUGGUGCCUGUGCCGACGGUGGUAGUUCCAUCUCGUCGCAAAAGCUCCCAGGGCAGCUACAAAGGUCGCAACCUCAUCGGAUCCGACCUCUCGAGCAGGAGUUUCACAGUCAAGACAUCAUGGGGGUUGGAGGCGCGGGCCAAAUCUAUCGACCCGAGCUUCAAAGCCGGCGACAGCCUUCGCAAGCGAGUGGCCAAGUUGGAGAGCGAGCUCGUGGGACAGAAAGGGCCAGUCUCCAACGACACCGAGCCACCCAGUCGCGCCGCGUCGGCGGUGGGUAAGCUCAAGAAAUUAGCGUCUCGCCGGAACUCCAUGACGAGGAGGACCGAGGAAGCCCACCAUGAAAUGCGGCGGCGGUCGCCUGUGUCCGGGGCGGACGAGACCGCCGACGCGUCGUCGUCGCCGCCGUGGCUUCCAACGAUCCACCACACGUCAACCGUCCUCCGCGUGUGGCAUGUGACGCUGGCGUUUGUGAUCUUUUACCCGAUGAUCUACAUCCCGUUUAACAUGGGCUUCAAUCCCACCAUCCAAGGCACGCCGUGGCAAACUGUGGACCGCGUUACCGACAUGCUGUUUGUCAUGGACAUCCUCGUCAACUUCAACGUUGCGUUCUACGAAUCGUUUCCGGAUGACGACCAGCGCCACAUCCUGCUGCGGUACUCAACCGACCGCGCCGCCAAGGACAAGUUUCCCACGCACGCAUUGCGAUGCAUUACGUUCAUGGUAUGGCUAUACCCCCUAGAGGCCGCCCCGUUUUCAUGA